GGGCAUAUGAUUGACAGGCGUGGGGUCCUAGUUCCUUUUCCGAGCCGUGCACCAAGGCGUCAGCCGAGAUGAAUGACACCGUGACCAUCAGAACCAGAAAGUUCAUGACAAAUCGCUUGCUUCAACGCAAGCAAAUGGUUGUCGAUGUUCUCCAUCCUGGCAAACCCACAGUUCCUAAGACAGAAAUUAGAGAAAAACUAGCAAAAAUGUACAAAACGACACCAGAUGUCGUGUUUGUUUUUGGCUUCAGGACACAAUUUGGUGGUGGUAAGACAACAGGUUUUGCCAUGGUCUACGAUUCCUUAGAUUAUGCUAAGAAGAAUGAACCUAAACACAGGCUGGCCAGGCAUGGUCUGUUGGAAAGAAAGAAGGUUUCCAGGAAACAACGAAAAGAGCGCAAGAACAGAAUGAAAAAAGUUCGGGGCACAGCUAAAGCUAAUGUUGGUACUGGCAAAAAGUAACAUGGGAAAGACAUUGAAGGUUCCUUGAAAUGCUAAGUUAUCCAUGGAUCAUCACCUGUAAUUAUUUCUCCCCCAAAUAAAUUGUAUAAAAAAAGUUCUCGUCUCUUGUUUCUAUGUGUACAGAAUCUACAUGCUUGGAUAUGAACUUGUAAGGGUGGGCAUAAUGAAUACUGACUUACAACCUUAAA